CUUGUUGCUGCCCUGAAUGACGUACAGAGGAUUGACAAUGCGGACAACCUAGAAUAAUAUAAAAGGCACUUGUUCCUCCCCUGGGGAGAUAAGAAGAUCAGAUGACUCCCCUUCACACAAGCCAGAAGAUGCAGUGGUACCCCAUCAACUUCCAGAAAGCUGCUGGGAUGGACCCAUCCAACAGGAAAGCCCUGGUGUUCGUCUUCAUCUUGCUGCUGUCUCAACUGGAUUGUGAUGCUCAAAGUGUGCCUGAGUGCUGCAGACAACCAUCUCACUCCUGUCGCCUCUAUGUGUUACUGUGCCGCUCUGAUAAGAGCUUUGGGGGGACCCUUACAGGAGAUGCAUCUGCUGGCAUCCUCACUCUGGGUAAACGGAACAAGGAUGAGCAUCGUUUGCAGAACAAACUCCAACAGCUCCUUCACAGCUCCAGGAACCAAGCAGCAGGGAUCCUGACAGUGGGGAGGAGGACUGAAGAGAGAGCUGGGGAGCAGUACAUGGACUGGCUAGCUCAGUCAAGAACUACCAUGGUGACACCCUUGCCUGUUUGAAAUUAAGUAUAUUGGGACAAUGUUGGUAGAAAAAUGACAAUUAAAUAAAGAA